CCAGCGCGCGCACCACCUCGCCAGGAGCCACCGGGAGCCCGCGAGGAGCGAACGCAGAGCGCGGAAAAUGGCAGACAGUUUUUCACUUCAAGAUGCCUUAUCUGGGUCUGCAAACCCAAAUCAUCAAGGAUGGCCUGGUCCCUGGGGAAACCAGCCUGGGCAGGCACCUCCGGGGGCCUAUCCUGGGCCACCACCUCCAGGGGCCUAUCCUGGGCCACCACCUCCAGGGGCCUAUCCUGGGCAGGCACCACCUGGUGCCUAUCCUGGCCCACCAGCACCUGGAGCUUAUCCUGGACCACCUGGAGCCUACCCAGGGCGACCAGGUGGGCCUGGGGCCUACCCACCUCCUGGACAGCCAAGUGCUCCUGGAGCCCAUCCCGCUGCUGGUCCCCAUGGCAUCCCUGCAGGACCACUGACUGUGCCUUAUGACCUGCCUUUGCCAGGAGGAGUCAUGCCUCGCAUGCUGAUAACAGUUCUGGGCAGAGUGAAGCCCAGGGCAAAUGGACUUGCUUUAAAUUUCAAGAGAGGGUAUGACAUUGCCUUCCACUUUAACCCACGCUUCAAUGAGAACAACAGGAGAGUCAUUGUUUGCAAUACAAAGCUGGAUAAUAACUGGGGAAAGGAGGAAAGACAGAUGGUUUUCCCAUUUGAAAGUGGUAAACCAUUCAAAAUACAAGUACUGGUUGAACCUGACCACUUCAAGGUUGCGGUCAAUGAUGCCCACUUGUUGCAGUACAACCAUCGGAUGAGAAAUCUCAAGGAAAUCAGCAAACUGGAAAUUUCUGGUGACAUAGACCUCACCAGUGCUUCAUACAGUAUGAUAUAAUCUGAAAAGAGCAGAUACUUUUUAAAAAAUAAAAUUGAAUCUAAACCUUAUACAUUUAUAAAAGCUUUAUGUUCAGUAUGAGUAAAAAAUUUUACAUUUAUUCAUCAGUCUUUCUUGUAAGUCAUUCACUUAAUAAAUACUCUUAUGCUAAGA